AUGAUCCGCUCGGUKUUUGCUGUGCUUUGUUUCCUCCUGCUGCACAUCGGAGCUCAGGCAUUUGAAAUUUUGCCUGGAGAUUCUUUAAAUCACCAGAAAAUUACAGAGCAAGCGAUUCUCAAUGCAACUGUGCAGGGAUGCCGCUCUCUAGCCCAAACUGAAGGAACAAACUUCAACUACCCAGCUCAGCCUUUCACUGCAGAAGGUGUUGCUGCUGCCUGCGGCGCCUCGCAGUCAUCGAAGGCUUUCCGUCAAGCCAUCACAUCCAUCAAGCUGAGGAAUAUCAGAGUGGAUAUCCGCUACGCCCUCAAACCGAGCUACCACUUUGAUAAGGAGGAGUUUGUUCAGGGAAGGAAGAUCAUCACAGAGGGAAUGGUUGCUGUCAAAGCCAACAACAGGAUGGGGAAUUAUGAGACCGCAAGGAAGAAACUGGGCGAGAUCAUGCAUCCUUUGCAAGAUUUCUACAGUCACAGCAACUGGGUGGAGCUGGGAAACACGCUGCCAAACUCUAAUCUUAUUAAAGCAGAAACCAGCAUUGGCAACAUCGCAGAUGAAAGCAGAGCCACCUGUCGCAGCUGUAUCAACGACGACUGCACCAACAACAUUCUGGAGGACAUCAUCGCCGGACAGAUCCUGACCUCUGGCUACUUCGGGCUCCUACCCUUUGUCUCAACCAAGCCACCUGCAAUAGCUGCAACCAGCCAGCUUCUGGAGGACAUCCGACUGGCAGCUGGAGACCUCCCCUUCCUACGGAUGGUGGGGAUCUCUAGAGGAUUCAGCAAAGCUCUUUGUUUUGUCACUGACACGUCAAAGAGCAUGAGCGACGACAUUGAGGUGGUGAAGACUGUCACGUCCACCAUCAUCAACAUCGAGGUGGGAACAGAGAACAAACCGUCCGUUUACAUCCUCGUCCCAUUCAGCGAUCCAGGAUUUGGGCCAAUAAUUCGUACAACAGAUGCAACACUUUUCAAGGAUAUUGUGAACCAUCUAACAACUACUGGUGGAGGAGACUUCACGGAUGCUCCUGCUAAAGACAAAGAUUUGAAGAACACGGUGAUUGCUCUCAUAGAGCAGACCCAGACAGUGGUCAACUUUAUGAUUACAGACUCCGUUGUUACUAAUCGCCGCAGAAGAAGCAGCAACCUACUGCAGACCAGAGCAAUCUCAGAGUCUGACGCUCAGCUGUACAGAGACCUGGCUCAGGCGUCGGGCRGUCAGGCCAUCGAAGUGACGAAGGCCGAACUUCCUGUUGCCGCAGCAACCAUAGUCCAGUCUGUCAGAUCCUCAUUGGUGACCCUUCUGCAGGCGUCCAGGAACCCGGGACAAACCGACAGUUUCACCUUUAUUGUUGAYGAAACUGUUAWAAACYCGACAAUUUACAUCACCGGCAGGUCCCUCACUUUCACUCUCACAAGCCCGACAGGUGUAACUCAGCAGAGCACCGACUCCACAGGCUCAUUGAUCACUUCUUCAGAGACUGUGGGAAACUUCAUAACGGUGCGAUUACUAAAGCAAGUUGGACAAUGGGCGAUAAGAAUGGUGUCAAACAAYCCCUACACCCUGAGAGUCGUUGGUGAGAGCUCUGUUGACUUCCUGUUUGACUUUGUCGAACCGUCUCAGGGUCCUUUCAGUGGAUUCGAUGCUCUCGACACUCGACCCAAAGCAGGUGUCAGUGGCACGUUGUUGAUGACUUUAUCAGGAAGAAGUGACUCUGCUACUGUGACAGAAGUUGCUCUGGUGGAAUCGACGAAGGGGUCGAAGGAGACGUUGGGAGUUGUGUCGCAGGGCAGCGGGAACUUUUUAGUCCAGGUUGAUGUGAUGCCGACGGUGGAGUUUGUAGUGAGAGUAAAGGGGAGAGUUCAAGGUUCUGCUACUGACUUUCAGAGACAGUCGCCCACCAACUUCAGAGCUUCUAAUCUGAUUCUUACAGCCAACUCGGACAGCAUCUUGACUGCAGGAACCAUGAUCUCUGUGCCCUUCACUGUGGCUUCAAGCAGARCCGAUGAAAACAUAACCAUUCGAGCCACCAACUCGAGAAAUCUUGACUCGACGUUUCCGACCRUUUUAUUGGUGCAAAGUGGGAACAGCACUAAUGGCACGGUGACCCUGCUGGCUCCGCUGAGCAUCCCGUCCGGRUCCGAYGUCAUCCUCACCAUCCUGGCCGAGACGCCGGACGGAAGUGACACCAACUACAUUGUGCUGCGAUUCUCUGUAGUGAACUCGUUAAAUGAUUUCACCCAACCAGCGUGUCAGCUUCUCAGCAUGCAGUCCGGCUGUGUUGAGAACUGCAGCCUGUCCACUUGGGUCGCCUCCGUCAGAGUGACUGACGGCGACAGCGGGGCGGGCGUCGAACGCGUCAGCCUCAUACAGGGCACCGGCGUCUUCAACACCGGCCUGGAGGCCGGGAACGAGAACGUAACGCUGGUGUCCUACGUCGCCUCCUGCUGUGCGCCUGUAAUGCAGCUGCUGGUGGUGGACCGGGUCGGAAACGUUGGCACGUGUCAGUUCACUGCCAGGGUCUCCGGGUCCGCCGCGGCCUCGCUGUCUUUCUUUCUGUCUCUCAUCAUCAUGGGGUUUGGACAACUUUUACUGAGUGAAUUCAUGAACUGAAUGAUUCUUAUAAUACUUUAUAACUUAUAAGUACUUUUUCUGGCAAAUCUAAACCAUCUGGAAAGAGAUUCAGGAAUUUAAAAUGCAAUUACUUUUUUUUUAUUGAUAUUUGCACUGAUAUUUUUAUUAGGGAUGCACUGAUAGAAAAAUUUGGAUAAUCGAUAUCCAAUAAUAAUGCUGUAAUGGCUGAUAAACAAUAUUUACUGAUAUAUAUAUUUCACUCCAGUUUUGACACUUUGGCAAAAAAAAAAAAAAAGUUUUAUUUAUCCAAUACCAAUAUGUAAAAAAAUGUCUAUUGUCCAAUAUCGAUGUUGGUGCCGAUAUUUCGUGGAUCCCUAAUUUUAUAAAUGUAUAGUUUUCUUUAGACAUCCAUUUAUUUUAUUAAAAUUAUGUUGACGAGCCUUCCUCAAACACAUUUUUUUUAUUUGUAAGAAUCAAACUUCCUGGUUAAAUAAAAUCAACAUUGUCUCUGACAGGCUGAUGAAUAAUUUUGUGAAUAAUUUGAUUUAAUUAUUUUUUUAUACUUAGUGUGGUGCUAGAUAUAUAUAUUUUAUGUAUUAGAAAGCAAAUUAAGUUGUAAAUAGGAUAAAAAUUAUAAAGUGCAUUGUGUGUAGAGGAAAAGCUCAAGAUGGAUGAUGUUACUUGAAUUGGGAAAACUUGUUGUUCCACAAUAAAUAAUUC